ACAGAGAAAGAUAAAUAAAUUGAAUGUCGUGUCGGUCGUCAUUAUUGUCACACGCGUCAAUAAAUGUAAAAAAGGCAGGAAAUUUCGAGGUCCGAGUCCAUUAUAAAACCAAAUUGAAUGCGGUUCAAACGUUGUUUUUUGCAAUAAGGAAUAGAAAGUGGACGAAAGUGGACCCAAAAGUUUCUCUUUAAUCAUUAUGACUUUAAUGGUUAAUAUCUCCAAAAGUAAUCGCCUUGCGAAAAAAUUAUUGCAACAUUUUUCAACAACUCCAAGACAAACAAUGCCUUGCCCAUUUUUAACCCGUUUAACUCAAAAUUAUAUUAGAAAUUACGGUCCGACUCUUUUAAAAACUUAUGGCGGGCAGUGUCCUGUUAUGUCUAAAGCCUUACAUCACGCUGAAGGCCAAAUAAGCAACGCAACUCCAACUACGGUUCCGGACGAUUCCACUGCCCAAACCAAACCCAAUCUUUGCCCAUUUUUGUCUGAGGUGGGUAAUGUGGUUAAAGAAGUUGACAAACAGGAUGUUAUUGAACUCACCACUGAUAAUGUGGAGUCCUCUUCCAAAACAACCUCUACUUUUCCUUAUGACAAUUUUUUCCACCAACAAAUUAUUAAGAAAAAGAAAGAUCAUUCUUAUCGCAUCUUUAAGAAGGUUAAUCGCCUUGCUGGUGAAGGGCAAUUUCCUUCUGCCAAAGAAUAUUCUUGGGGAGAACGUUCCAUCCUUGUAUGGUGUUCAAAUGAUUAUCUAGGCAUGUCAUGCCAUCCAGAAGUAAAAAAUGCAGUUCAUGCUGCUUUAGAUGAAUAUGGUGUUGGCGCAGGAGGAACUAGAAACAUUUCUGGAAAUUCAACCCUUCACGAACGUUUAGAAACCCGUUUGGCACAACUCCAUCAAAAAGAAUCGGCUCUUCUCUUUACGUCUUGUUUCGUAGCGAAUGAUUCAACUUUAUUUACAUUGGCAAAGCUGCUCCCGGGUUGUCACAUCUUCUCAGAUGCUGGAAAUCACGCGUCUAUGAUUCAAGGAAUAAGAAACAGUCGGGCUCCUAAACAUAUCUUCCGUCAUAAUGACGUCGGACAUCUAGAGGAAUUAUUAAAAAGCGUCGAUAAAAAUGUUCCAAAAAUUGUUGCUUUCGAAACUGUGCAUUCGAUGACUGGCGCUGUUUGUCCUUUGGAAGAACUUUGCGAAGUCGCGCAUAAAUAUGGUGCGUUAACGUUUGUAGAUGAAGUCCAUGCUGUUGGGUUGUAUGGUGAUCAUGGAGCUGGGAUUGGCGAACGAGAUGGUCAAUUACACAACAUGGAUAUAAUCUCGGGUACUUUAGGGAAAGCUUUUGGAAAUGUGGGUGGUUACAUAGCCGCGUCUUCGAAUUUGGUGGAUAUGAUUCGAUCUUAUGCGGCGGGAUUUAUAUUCACAACUUCAUUACCCCCUACGGUUUUGGCGGGAGCAUAUAAAGCGAUUGAGGUGCUUGCUUCAGAAGAAGGGGUGGCUUUAAGGGGUGCUCAUCAAAGAAACGUCAAGUAUUUGAGAGAGCAAUUAAUAGGGAAUGGGUUCCCUAUUGAGCAUACUCCAAGUCACAUCAUUCCCGUUAAAGUCGGCGAUCCAUUACAAUGUACCACGCUCUCAGAUAAAUUAUUAAGAGAAAAAGGACACUAUGUACAAGCGAUUAAUUAUCCCACAGUUGCUCGUGGGCAAGAAAAGCUAAGAUUGGCUCCUACCCCACAUCACACUCCCCAAUUAAUGAAUUUACUUGUAAAUGAUUUGAAAGAAAUUUGGAAUGGUUUAAAUAUGCCGUUAAAGGGAUUACAAUGCAAUAAAGAAUGCGAAUUUUGUCAAAAACCAAUUCUAUUUGAUUACUUCGAAGCUAGAACACGCGGAAAUUGCCGCUCAGAGGUGCAAUGCGACAUUCCUAAUUGUCCACAAAUGGUGGCCAAUUAGUAAUGAUAUCAACAUUUAUUUUCCUGACAUUAUGGAUAUAGUUGGUGUAUGGGCGUAUAUCCAGCGCGAUGCAAUAACGUUUGGGUUUCAAUAAAAAAUGACAAUUGUUGUUUAAAA